AUUGGAUACAACACACAAUGGCUCUAUUGAAGGCCGUCAUAACGUUGACCAUUCUUAGCAUUUGCUUCAAGCUGAAUAACGCCAAGAUAGACGGCAUCACAAUCGGCAAAGGGAAAGGAAAGGGCAAGGGUGGGUCUAUUAAAGAAGCAGGUGGAAAUACAGGAGACAGCGAAUCGAGCGAGGAGACCAAACUUAAAAAAAGCAACUCUUCUUCCAAAUAUGGACCUGGGAAAAAAGCGGUUUGUCCGGACGUAGAUCGCUUGACAAAAGCCAUAGACAACUUCUCAGUUGAUGUGUAUAAAGCAUUUGUUAAGAAUAAGCAAACGGAAAAUGUCAUCUUCAGCCCGUUAAGCAUUUCAAUUAUAAUGUCAAUGGUUAUGCUCGGGGCAGAGGGAAGUACUUUAGAUGAACUAAAGAGGGCAUUGCAUGUUGGCUCACUUGUUGAGAAAGGCGUUUUACAUCAAGCGUACAAGUGCGUAAAUGAUGAACUUUGGAAUGACAGUACCGAUAACAUGGCCUUAGCAGCCAAUCGCAUAUACCAUGAUAUUAGCUUUGACGUCAAGGCAACCUUCAUUGAAGACAUUAAAACAUUUUACAGAGCAAGUGUAAAACAAUUAGAUUUUACAGAUAUUGAAGAAAGCAUGGAAGAAAUAAAUGAUUGGGUAAGUUACAGAACGAACAAAUUGAUCCCAAAUAUUCUCAGUGAGGGAGAUAUCGACAGUCUCACAGUAAUGGUUUUAGUGAAUGCUAUAUAUUUCAAAGGACAAUGGCUCGAGAAGUUUGAUCCGGCUUCGACCAUAGCAGACACAUUUUUUAUGAGCCAUAAUAGAAGUAUCCAAGUGGCCAUGAUGAGGCAGGCGGGCAGUCAUCGCUAUUACCACAGUUCUGAGCUCAAGGCCCAGUUUGUUGAACUAUCCUAUUCAGCAAACAAGGACUCUGAGACAGUUAUGAUUAUCGUCCUACCCGAUGACCGUGGCGGUCUUGAAGAACUAGAAAAUACUCUUACUGAUGACGUUCUAAACACAGCACUGGAAAAACUUGUAAAUGUUGAAAAGGCAUUUGUUUAUUUGCCAAGAUUGGCAUUCAAAUCCAAAGUGAAGCUAAGGAAUCUUUUAAAAGAUAUUGGGCUAGUAGAUUUGUUUUCAGGUAAUAUAAAUUUGAAUGGAUUGAGUGAUGAUCCAAGAAUGGACAUUUCGGAGAUAAUACACGAGGCUGCCAUUGACAUACAUGAAGAAGGUACAGAAGCGAUGGCGAUGUCUGCACUUGUGUCAAGUCGAUCAAUAUCUGAGCCACCAGUCACCGUUCAUUGUAACCAUCCUUACAUGUUACUGGUCAGGGACAGGUCUAGGCAUGUAACAUUAUUCAUGGGACGAGUAACAAAUCCAGAACCACUGCGAACCCAGAACAUCGCUGACGAUUCAGCGCCACUGAAAAGGGCGUUCAAGAUGGUUAGAGGUAACAGUGUGCCCAAAUUCAACUACAAUGAACCACCGCCAAAGAUGAAGCCAAAUGUUGAUAAACGUAAAAAAUGCAAGCAGCUCUGUCGAUAUAGAAAAUGUGCGAAGAACGUGUGUAAGAAAAGCAAGAAGAAGAAGCAGUGUAUGGAGAAAUGCACUAAACAGUGUUUCAAACAGAAAUGCAAUAAAUAAGCUCAUUUUCGCUUUGUAUGUUAAAACCUGUUUAUUAAAUAAAUUGUGGUUUAAGGAAUGAAUUGUUCAGACAAGUACAUUGCGCAGAUAAACAUUGCAAUUUAAACAACAAGAUUCCCCCGGCUAUCCAGAUACAUCCACGUCCAUCAGCACAUAGACGACUUGAAUAUGACCACGUUUGCGUUACAUGUACAUGUAGAUAACAUGUAUAUCAUGUCCACUUUUAUAAGUAAGAAUAUUCCAGAGUAAAAUUGAUAUGCAAAGUGUGAGCAUUCUAAGAUUGGGACAACACAAUAGAUGACAGCACCAUUCAACAUGUCGACAUAAGGUUGUGUUUUACCAUUUUGGUGAGGCUAAGAGAAUCAACUC